AUGUCCUUGGCUGCCACACUGCGUCCGUUCUCACCCAACGCACCUAACGCCACCGCGCUGCGAUACGGCGAGUUCACGAAACCAGGCGCAACCAAUAACACCACAACCCGGUCCUUCUUCCAAGACCCAAGCUACCUCACCCUCACUCGCCAGCUCGCCCACCUCUCGCAUCUCAUCCUCCUUACUCCAGACCCUCGCUCCUUCACCAACAACAACGACAACGAAGACCUCACACCCCUCCAGCAACAAACCCAAGCCGACCUGUCCUCCCCACUCCCCUACCACCGCACGAAAUGGCUGCACAACAUCGACGGCGCACGAACAUUGCUGCUACAGCUAGAGCGCAAGGCGCAGAGUAUACAGGGGAGCCGGACGCGGGGCAAUGUGCAGCGGGAUCUGGUGGAGAAGAGGGGUGUGGUGAGGAAACUCAGGGCGCGAGUGGAGGAGUAUGCACGGGAUGCCGAGCGUGAGAGGGGCCAGUACAGAGACAUGCGAAGAGGUGGUGAUGAGGCGCUGCGGUGGACGACUACGGCGGCUUCCACGGAUGAGGGAGAGCCGGAGACGCUGUGGGAUGUGUUGGUGCAGCAGCGGGAAGAGAAGAGGAAGAGGAAUGCGCCGGAGCAGGAUCCUUCAGCAGUGGACGCCGACACGGAGGCUACAUCACUUACGGAAGAUGACACGACUGAGAAAGAAGAGCGCGACCGCGACGCCCUCCUUCAUACAUCCUCAACACUCACUCGCCGGCGCGGAACCGAACAAGAAACCUUCGACAAAGCAAACAGCACGUCCUUCAAACCUCCCACCACCAACAGCAAUCUCUCCGCCCACGAAAAGACCCUCCUUUCCGCCUCCCGCGACCAAGAAGACCUCUCAACUUCCCUCCUCUCCAUGGCAGCCCAACUCAAACAACAAGCCAAGGCCUUCCAGUUCUCCCUCGACCAGGACCAGGGCAUUCUGGGACGGGCAAUGGAAGGCUUGGAUCGGAAUAUCGGUGGGAUGGAGGCUGCCAGCAAGAAUAUGCAGUUCUUGAAGAGGAUGAGUGAGGGGGAGGGCUGGUUGGGGAGGAUGAAGUUGUAUGCGAUGAUUGGGGGGAUGUGGCGGCGGCGAUCCUAUUGGUGUUUGCUGGGCCGAAGCUGCGGUUCUAGCAAGUAA